CAAUCUCCCAGUUGUAUUAUCUUAUCCAGAGCGUGAGGAUGACUUCGUAACAUGAUACUCCAGUACGUUCUUGCUUCCUCACAAAACCUUAUCCCCUCUCUUCUCUAUGUAAUUUUUAUAUCUAUUUCUAUACAGUUCUUUUUCUUUUCCACUGCAUUUCAUCCCAAACCCUAAUGUCACCAAUCUGGUGUUGAUUCUUUAAAAACUAACAUCAAUGGCUGCCAUUAUCUCCUGCCGCUACAACUACUGUUCCUCUCCACAACCUAUUAAAGCCUCCAAACCCAUCAACCCUAAUAAACUAUCCACCAAUUUCAUAAGCUUUGCUCAUACUCUGAAUGAUCGGCGAUUCCGCCCAAAAUGUUCUUGCAAAGACCCUCGCGGAGUUCAGACCCCUAGUGAUAAGCAGUGUGGCCAGAAAGAUUGGAUCUUUUCGUUAAAAGAAUGUGCGAUUUCUAUGGCAUUGGCGGUGGGGUUAAUAGCUGGAGUACCAACAUUGGGUUGGCCUAAUUAUUCCAAUGCUGCAAAUGCUCCUCCAGUAUUGCCCGAUUUGUCCGUGUUAAUUUCUGGGCCGCCGAUUAAGGAUCCGGGAACUUUGUUGAGGAAUGCUUUGCCCAUUGACAAUAAAGCUAUUAGGGAGGUUCAAAAGCCACUUGAGGAUAUCACUGACAGUCUCAAGGUUGUAGGUCUCAAGGCGCUUGAUUCCGUAGAGAGAAAUGUGAGGCAGGCUUCUCGUGCGGUUAAACAAGGGAGGAGUUUGAUUGUCUCGGGAAUGGCAAAAUCAAAGGUGGAUCAUGGGAUCGAAUUGCUCAACAAGCUGGAGGCUGGGUUGGAUGAGCUUCAACAAAUUGUGGAGGAUAAGAAUCGAGAUGCAGUUGCACCUAAACAGAAGGAGCUGCUUAAUUAUGUCGGAGGUGUUGAAGAGGACAUGGUGGAUGGCUUCCCUUAUGAAGUGCCUGAAGAAUAUCAAAGUAUGCCUCUCCUGAAGGGAAGAGCAACUGUGGAUAUGAAGGUCAAGGUGAAGGACAACCCUAACUUGGAUGAGUGCACAUUCCGUAUUGUUCUGGAUGGUUACAAUGCCCCAGUAACCGCUGGAAAUUUUAUAGAUCUUGUAGAAAGGCAUUUUUAUGAUGGAAUGGAGAUCCAGAGAGCGGAUGGCUUUGUAGUCCAAACAGGAGACCCUGAAGGUCCUGCUGAGGGAUUUAUUGAUCCCAGUAAAGAGAAAACCCGUACAAUACCUUUGGAAAUUAUGGUGGAUGGAGAAAAAGCACCUUUCUAUGGGGAAACCUUGGAAGAGCUUGGUCUAUACAAGGCUCAAACAAAGCUUCCAUUUAAUGCAUUCGGAACAAUGGCCAUGGCCCGAGAUGAGUUUGAGAACAAUUCUGCAUCAAGUCAGGUCUUUUGGCUAUUGAAAGAAAGUGAACUCACUCCUAGUAAUGCCAAUAUAUUGGACGGUCGGUAUGCAGUGUUCGGAUUUGUGACGGAAAACCAGGACUACCUUGCAGAUCUCAAGGUUGGAGAUGUCAUAGAGUCAAUGCAAGUGGUAUCUGGCUUGGAUAAUCUUGUCAACCCGAGCUACAAGAUUGCUGGCUAGAUGUCCUCAUUUUGGUAUUAAACUAAAGAAAUUGAGUCUGCUUCGAAAGUUUCUGAGAAAUCUAUCGGUCGGAAGGACAGCCUGUUUAGUUUUUCUCUGAUGAUUCUGAAUUGUUCUAUUUUGAGAGUUCUCACUGUGCGCUUU